AUGAUUGUGUCGUGGAAUAUCCGGGGACUGAAUAAGGUGGGGAAGAUUAAAGAGAUUAAAACCCGGCUCUUAAAUCUUCAUCCUAUAAUUAGCAUCUUAGUCGAAACUAGAGUCAAGAAGUGUAAAGCUAAUAAGAUUAGGGAGAGUCUUGGAGUUCCAGGUUGCUAUGUUGACAACUAUCAAGAUCACCCUAAUGGGCGUAUCUGGAUUGUGUGGGAUGAUUCUAAGGUGAACCUAAGAGUAUGCAAUAGUUCAAGCCAACAUAUUCACUGUGGUGUGUACAAGUUGAAUGGAGAAUUUUUAUUUUGGCUAACAGGUAUCUAUGCCCAUAAUCAGUUGGAGUUGCGAAGGAAGCUAUGGAAGGAGAUCAUCAAAAUUCACUCUACUCAAACUGGUCCAUGGUGUGCCAUUGGAGAUUAUAACAAUGUUGCAUCUGCUCAAGACAGAAUUGGGGGGAAAUUGGUUGGUAUCCACGAGUACUGUGACCUUAUUCACAUGAUGCAAAUUACUGAAAUGGCAGAGAUGGAUAAUGUGGGAGAACAUUUCACUUGGUCCAAUAGGCAUAUCACAGGCACCAUCUAUUCUCGCAUUGAUCGUGCUAUCUGCAAUAGUGACUGGUUUCUAAAGUAUAAUAACCAUACUCUUAGUGUUUUACCUCCUAACCUAUCUGACCAUUCUAUGUUGUUUAUCAGUGGCCCUGCUGAAGGUAGACGGAAUAACCAUUUUAAAUUCAAUAAUUAUCUGCUGGAUAUUAAUGGUUUUCAGGUUAUGGCAAAGGAGUCUUGGGAGAAGCCUGUGAGGGGUUCUGCAAUGCAACGACUUUGGUUUAAACUCCAAAGGUUGAAGAAGGAUGUUAAGCGGUUUAGUAGAGAUAAUGGCAAUCUGAUGAGCACACUGCAGGAUGUUAGAGCUAAACUCCAUCAGGCCCAGCUGGAGCUUUCCAAUAACAGGCAGGAUCCUAGCAUUAUAGAGAGGAUAAAGCAGCUUUCUAAUGAUAUCAAUAUGAUCCAUGAGCAUGAGUAUUCCAGGAUGCGUCAAAGGACAAAACUCAACUGGAUAAGGCAGGGUGAUGAUAAUUCCAAAUUUUUCUUUGCUUAUCUCAAGACAAGACAGAACAAAAGCUGUAUCAAAUUUCUGCAAAAAGAGAAUGGAGACAUUAUAACUGAGCAGAAUGAUCUUGAGAAUGAAGUUAUGGAUUUUUAUGGCAGUCUCAUGGGGGAUCGGGUUAGGCACAUUCAACAUAUAGAUAUUGCUGCUAUGAGGGAAGGAAAACAAUUGGAUAUGGAUCAGCAGAUGGAACUCACUUGCCAAGUCACGAUUCCAGAAAUUGAAGCUGCCCUAAAAGGUAUUGGUGAUUAUAAAUCUCCUGGAAUUGAUGGUUUUAAUGCCAAGUUGUUUAAAAAGUGCUGGCCUUUUAUGAAAAAAGAUAUUGUGGAUGCUGUUACUGAAUUCUUUCGGACAGGUGUGAUUGAUAGUAGAUUUAAUAAAACUGUGGUCACGCUCAUUCCGAAAGCCAAUUGCGGGUUGUACCACCUUCCUAAAGAUUAUAUCAAAAAUUCUCACUGCUAG